UAAUUGGCCAUAUUAAUUUUCCAAUUUAGAUUUUCUUACACAAAAUGGAUCCAGAAUUUCUUUCAAGGCUUAUUCCACAAAAUAAAGAUGUUCGUCCAGCUUGUAAAAAAUGUGGCUACGCUGGUCAUCUUACCUAUCAGUGUCGAAACUUUAUUAAAGUUGAUCCUAAUAAGGAAAUAGUUUUAGAUGUAAGUAGUACAAGUUCGGAUAGCGAUGAAAACUAUAUAACACCGUUGACCGAAUUAAGAGAAAAGGAAUUGAAACGAAAAUUAAAAGAUUCUAAGAAGCGAAAAAAGGAAAAAAGGAAAAAGAGGAAGAAAAAGCAUCAUAAGAAAGAGGAGUCGAGCGAUAGUAGUGACUCGGAGAGCGAAAGUUCUUCAUCGUCCUCAUCGGAUUCUGAUUCUGAAGAAGAUCAUAAAAAGAAGCAUAAAAAGAGAAAGAAAAAAAUGAAAAACAAAAGGCAUAAAAAGCAUAAGAAACAUUUUUCAUCUGAUAGCGACAGUGAUACUGAAAGUGAUCAUAAUUAUCGUUCUUGUAAAAGAAAACGAUAAUGUAUAAGAUAUAUUUUUAUUGUAUAAUUAAA